GGACGCGCGGAGCGCGUUGGUGAAGCGAUUCCAUUCGUCGUCUGUGAGGGAAGACACAUAAAUUUGGACUUUUUCUCUGGUUAAACUGGAGUAAAAGGCCGGGUAACGGUAAUGUCCAUCGGGGGACGUGUGGGUGAGUUUGAUGCGUCCAUGGCACACGUGCAGGAGAAGAGCGAGCCCUUUUGCGGGACUCUGCAUUCGCGGAAGACGAGCGCUGAAAUUGUGAGUGAGGCCAGGCGGUCCCUCCGGACAGUCUGCACCCAGCGCCCCUUCACACCCAAAGACGAGCAGAGGAGGCUGUUCAGCCAGUGGUCCCCCCAUACCGCCGAGGGGAGACCUCCCUCUGUUUUCAGCCUUCACGCUCGCCACUUUGAAGGGUGUGAUUCACGGCCCGGAUCUGGCAAACGCCUCUCCCCGUUGGAGCACGUGCCCAAACUGCCCGCGUCUCUGGUGGACGAUGACGGUGGCGCCGAUGCCAUUGACAAUCCCGCUGUGCGGCCCCAUCAGCUCAGGAAGUUGGGAACGGUUGAGAACCGCCAAAUUAGAGACACUCCCCUGGGGGGGUUCUCGCCACCGAGGCUGCGGGAGGAGCACAAGCCCAGAGGUUUGUCUCCUCGCGCCGUCUGCUCUCCGGCCCCGUGCGCCGAUGCGACCCCCCAGCCGUCCGGUCUCGUGAAGGCCAGACCCGGCAAAGAGAGGGGCAUCUCCAGGGCCGAGGGCGAGAAAACCGUCCCCUGGAGACCGGAGCCGCCUGGAAGGGAUCCUUCCGGACACCUUCAGCACAUCAUCGCCGAUGUGACCCCAGCAAGAGCAGCAGAAGCAGCACCGCGUGAAGGUGUGUUCCAGGAAAUGAAAGGCGAGCCCUUAAAAAAAGCAGAAUGCGUGGACCUCCAGAACACAUCCCAUUCUCAUGACCUGAGUCAAGUCACAAGCCACGGGGCCCACAGGGCAGGUGUGACAGAAUCGGGCGACAGCGACUGCACGGCUGCGAACAACUCGGAGGAAGCUUACUGGAACACCAGGGUCUUGCCGCUUCUCCAAGAACUCGACUCCUUGGCAUCGGAUGGUGCCGUGGAGAGCCUGUGUCAUGCGUGCGACCGCCUUCACGGUGUCCUGGCAGAGAGGGGCUUGCUGGGCAGGAAGUGCAGGAAGCGACCCGCGUUGCUCCGGUCACUUUUCAAGCUGAUUGACGUGGGCUCGGACCGCCUCAGCCUGCAGCUGUCCAAACUCGCCCUUGCACUCAGUGUCAGUGGAAAGAAUCUGCUCAACGUUUGCAAACUGAUCUUCCGAAUCAGCCGGAACGACAGCAACGAUGCUCUCUUCCAGAACAACACCGUGAUAGACUCGCUGCUCUCGCUUCUGCGCCUUGAGGACGUGUGGUCCGCUGGCGAGGCCUUGCUCUACUGCAUGGGCUCCCUCAAGUUCCUCUCCGGGAACCCCUCGCUGCUCAGGGAGCUUCAAGACAAGGGCGCCGUCCCGGCCCUGCUGGCGCUCACCCGCAGGCUGAACGAGGCCACCGAGGAAGGCCAACGCAGUGGCCAAGGGCGGAGCCACGACACCUUCUCCACGUCUGGCCACAUCCUGCUGCAGCUAACGGCCGCCCUGAGGAACCUGUCGGACCUUUCCGAGAGCCGAGCCCAGUUCCUGCGUGACCCGGGGCUGCCGGAGUUGUGUGACGUGCUGAGGCUGCACGCAGGGGACCGGGACCUGUGCACCAACGUAGCCCGGAUAUUCAGUAAACUGUCCUCUUACCACGAGUGCUGCGUUGCGCUGGCCGCCUGUCCUGGUUGCUCCCUGGCUUUCUCCGAGCUUCUGAUAAAGCACAAGAAGCAUCAGGACCUGGUGGUUCGCAUACUCUUCACUCUGGGGAACCUGACGGCCAAGAGUGAGCGUGCCGCUGCAUGGUUGAGCGCCAAGGGCUCUAUGCUAGAUGUGCUUCUGGACCUCUUCCCGACAUAUGGCCACAUGGACUCGGACCCGCAGCCAGGUGCCGGCGACAUCCUGGCCAAGCUGACCCGGGUCCUGGCCAACGCGGCCGUGCACCCCGGGCCCGGACGCGUCCUGGCAGCCGACGCGCGCUGCGUCGAGCUCCUGCUCGAGGUUCUGGAACACACACCUGUGGAGCGGUGCGAGGAACUCGCCAUCAACACGGCUGCUGCCAUCAACAACCUUUCUUUCUACCAGGGCGAGAGCUCCGUGGUCAGAGCCAGACCACUUCCUGUCGCUCGCUUGAUGAUGAAACUCCUGCUGAGCUCCAACAUGGAUUGUGUCUUGGAGGCCACGCGUGUCCUGGGAAACCUCUCGCAGGCCCAGGAGGUCCGGGACUUUGUUCUGCAUCACAAAGCCCACUGCUUCGUGGUCACUCUGCUGGACUCGAAGAGGCAGGAGCUCUGCUACGGCGCCUGCGGCGUUCUCACCAACCUCACAGCCGACCGGAACCUGAGAGCUGCCCUGAGAGGCGAGGGAGCCGUCCAGAAGCUGCUGGACUGCGUGAGGGACUGGGGGGCGGUGGACUGGCCUCUGGCUGGACUGGCUUGUCAGGCCCUGUGGAACCUCAGCGAGGACGGAGCCGCUCUGUCCUUUGGCACUGAUCGAUCCCGCGCUCUGCUGCUGCUCCUGCAGAAUUACCUGGAAGCAGAUCUGGUGCUGCAGUGGUGUGAGGCAGGAGACCCGAGACAAGACGCGAAAGCGGUUUACCAGGGAUGCUGGGAAAUGGAGUUCCGCCCUGUGGCUCAGCGACUGAAGGACCGACUGCAGAACCAGCUGGGUGUUUCAGACCAUCUUGCUGCUCCAUCCUAGCACUGCGUAGAGGUGCAGGUCCCUGCAAACCGGGCCAUCAUAGGAUCACUACUCUCCAUCAUGGCUCUUUCUACUCAAAUGUGUCAAAUUUACACAGCACCUGAUAUUUGUAACCUUAUUUUUAUCUAUUUAUUUAUCAGACACUUGCAUCCAAGGU